AAUGUGGCAUUUAGAGAGGUGAAGAAAAGUGUCUCGAGUCCGUUGUUGCAACAAGACGGUCCAGUUGAAAGUGUACAUUCGUCAAUGAUCGAAUUGCUGAGCAGUGCUGAUAUUGCACAACAGCUAUCAAUUUUCCACAUGCAGUUGUUUGAGGCGACCGAUGAAAUAGAACUCAUCACUCAGGUGUUUGGUCGAGACCAAUUCCCCGGUCGAAUCCCUUCUAAUCUGGAUCUGUUAAUGCGACGAUUCAAUGAGGUACAAUUUUGGACAACCACCGAGGUUUUGCUGGCGCAUGGAGCAUCGAAACGAGUCGCUAUGCUAAAGAAAUUCAUCAAAAUUGCUGCACAGUUAGUGAUGAAGCUGAUUUUUGUUAUGUGA